AUGUCAACUUCAACUCAAUUACAAACUCUUUCAAAAGAUGAACUAAUAGAAAAAGUAUUAGAAUUGGAAGCAGUACUAAAUGAAUUUCAAGAUUCUUCAAAAGAACUAGAACGAGCAUUAGAAGAUGAAUUACUCGAAUUAGAGAAUACCAAAACUCAACUUUCUGAACAAUUAGAUCUUAAAAAACAGGAAUUAGCACAAGCAAAUACCAAAGUCAUUAAUCUCACUUCGGAAUUAAAUAAUUUACACGAAUCAACCAAUACUAAAUUAUACGAAAAAGAUGAGAUCAUUCAUAAUCUAACGUCCCAAUUAGUUAAAACAGAAAUCAUGAAUGAUUCAAUGGAAAAUGAAGAUAGAAUAAAAACUAAUAAAUAUGAAGAUCAACAGAAAUUCAAUAAUCAUCUUUUAGAAAAGUUAGCUUUAUUAGAAAGUGAUUAUGAACGUGAAAGGAAACUUAAUAUUGAAAAACAAUUAUAUAUAACCAAUUAUCAAAAUCAAAUUAAAGAUCUUAAUAGGAAAAUUGAAACUCUAGAAAGUCAAAAAAUUGAAAAUGAUAUUCAACAACAACAACAAGCUGAUGUCCUGAUGAUUAGUUUUAAAGAAAUGCUUAAAUCAACACCACCACCAAAUAAAAUAAGAGAUGCUGAAAACCAAAAACAAUCCAAUAUAAAAAAAUCCGAUUCAUUAAGAAAACUUAAAAAUUUGACAAUGGAUAUUGAAGCCUUUUUAGGUAAUUUCUCUUUAUCUUCUUCUUCAAAUAAAUCUCCACCAAGUCCUAAACCUUCAUCGAAAAUAUUGAAAUCUCCAUCAACUACUCAAUUAGAUACUUCAAUUACUACUGAUAGAUCUCACAACAACAAUAACGAUGGAACAAUUACAAAGGAUAAAAGACUAUCGUAUAGUAAAAGAUUUGUGGACUUACCUUCUAUUAGAGGUUCUCCUACCCCAUCUAAAAGAAGUAAUAUUGAGAAAUCAAAAUCUAUGAAACAUUUAAGAAUGUAA